AUGCCAUCGAUAUUGUCUGAUGAGGAUAAGGAAACUGUCAAACGCCAGGUGCCGAAAGCCUCGAAUAAGAUCCAGGCUGUAGCGGUAGCACGUCUCUACGUUGCUUAUCCCAACCGCAAUAAAUGGACAUAUACUGGUUUACAAGGGGCAGUAGUUCUCGCGAACGAUCUUGUGGGAAACACAUACUGGCUUAAGCUUGUAGAUAUCUCGCCUGCUGGCCGAGGAGUAAUAUGGGAUCAGGAGAUCUACGACACGUGGUCCUACAACCAGGACCGGACAUUCUUCCACACGUUCGAGACAGAGGAAUGCCUGGCCGGAUUGUCUUUCGCGGACGAGAAGGAAGCAAGGACGUUCCUGAAAAAGAUGAACGAUCGGGAAAAGAAUGCUAGCAAAGCAACAAAGGCAACUAAAUUUGGAGGAUCGGGUCAGACCGCAGGUGGGGGAAGACACGGUCUGCUAGGAAACUUUUUUGGUGGACAUAGACACUCAUCGGCCCCUACGGUGCAAACGCCUCCUGAUUCUCCGGCCAAUGCACUUCCGCCUGCACAAAAUUUCAAGGCUUCAGUUGGUAGUUCUAAUGGCGAAAAAUCCGAAUUCGCUGCGCUGGACGCUAUCGAUCCCAACUGGCGAGAGACUUGGGGGGGUGAUUUGAAGCAAAUGGGCAUUACAGAUGAUCUCAUUCGGGAUAACCAAGACUUUAUUGCAGAUUAUAUCCGGCAGCAGCAAGCUGUACAAGCUGUAUCUUCCCCCACCAAUGGGACCGAGAAUCAGAGAAACAGGGCCCCUCCUCCACCUCCGGCGCGAUCAGAAAGCCCUCAGAAUGCAGGCAAGGGAAGAGGAGCCCCCCCAGCACCCCCGCCAGCGCGAAGGUCUGCUGCUAAGCCUGAACCUGUUCAAAGAGAGCCAACCCCUCCUAGAGAACCUUCGCCUCCGAGGGGGCCACCUCCUCCCCGGUUUGCUGCACCGCCGCCUUUGCCUGAUGCUGGGAAGUAUGCCCACACGAACAACAAAGCCCCUUCACGAACCCAUGCACCAUCUCUAUCGAAUCCAGGGCCGCCGCCCCCACCCAGGCCUCCCAAAAACCCAGUCGAUGAUCCCCACGAGCCUGGAGAAACUGGUUCCAAAUUCGGAGUCCCUCCACCGCCGAUGGGAGCAAGGACAGCACCACCUCCUACACCCAGUAGAGGCCCAGUACCGCCCCCACCUCCACUUCGAGAUGUCCAAAGUCCACCGCCGUCUCGCAUUCAUGCAGUGCCCCCAGCACCUGCGCCCCACGCUCCACCAUUACCUCCGAAGACACCGAAUGCGCCAUCCUCGACUGCACCACCCUUACCACCUAGUUCCUCUCGUCCUGUACCGCCUCCCCCUUCAAGGGACAAUGCACCGCCACAACCUCCUCCAUUGCCACAAUCGAAGGCACCAUCUGUGCCCUCGUUCACUGGUAGCUCAGUACCUCCACCCCCUCCCCCUCCUGGUGGUUUAGAUGGCCAUCCAGCCCCUCCACCACCGCCACCUCCGCCUUCAAGUAACUCCAGUGGUCCCUCAGCUCCCCCACCACCACCGCCGCCGCCUCCAGGUAAUUCCAGUGGUCCCUCAGCUCCUCCACCACCACCACCGCCGCCUCCAGGUAACUCCAGUGGUCCCUCAGCUCCCCCGCCACCGCCGCCUCCUCCGCCGGGUAACAAUGGUCCACCAGCUCCACCACCGCCUCCACCAAACAGAGAUUCCGGGUAUGCAUCCGGAGUUCCACCCCUUCCAAAGCCUACGGGCGAUCGAGCAGACCUGUUAGCUGGUAUUCAGAAAGCUGGCGGUAUUGGAGCAUUGAAAAAGGUCGACCGAAGUAAAAUUAGAGAUAGGAGUGCUGCUAUGGUUCCUGGAUCAAGUGAUACCGGGCCGGCUGGAUCUGGAUUACCACCUGCGGGAGCAAGCGGAGGAGGAGGAGGAGGAUUGGGUGAUGCGUUGGCAGCUGCUCUGGCACACAGAAAGCAGAAAGUUAGUGCUAGUGAUGACGAAGCAGAUGACGACGAUGAAUGGUAG